AUGCAAAACAGCCAGUCGAACCAUGGCAAUAAUAGAGACUGGCCUGAUAAUCCUAUGGAAUUCAUGAUUAACGGCGCUAUUCGUGGAAUCACUGGAGAAAAUGACCAAGACUUUGUGUCCCAAAUUGGUGUCACUGAGAACAUCCAGCCUUUGGGCGGUGAUUCCAAUAAUGAAGACGAUUGCAGCUUUGUUUUUCAGAAUGGCGUCCCUGAGGAUAACCAGUCCAUGGAAAUCAACUCCCAGUGCGGAGAGUAUCCUGACUUUAUCUCCCAGGUUGAUCCCAGCGAAUAUUACCAAACCUUGGGAAGCACCUCCGAUAGCGACGACUCUGCUUCUGAGUCAAGUAUAAAUGGGCAGCCUAAUCAUUCACUUCUAAAUUGCGAGAAUCUAGAAUGCACGGAUGACUCUAACUUCGGUGACAUCGAGUCCAAUGGAGAUACUGCAUACGAUACAGAGUCUCUUUGGAACGAAUCGGACGGCGAAGCCUUGACAGCGUCCAUGGAUGGGCAUGGCAAUGAUUUCACUCCCAGAGACAGAAGCCAUAAUCGCUUAGGUGGAUAUCAAGGCCUUUUGCUUAGUCAAAUCGAUUUGGGAUUUCUCGGCGAGGACGAUUCUGAUUCCCUGACGACUGACCCUCUGGCAAGCUCCGAUGAAGAUGACUAUGGAGAAAUUUCCUAUGACUUCGAAGAGAUCACUCCUAUAAUUCGCAACAAUAGCUUCGUGAGGAGAAUGGAGAACAGAAGACUUCCAUCUAGCUUCGAUCCGGAUAUUGUUUUUGACGACGAUUCAGACUCAAAUGAACCGCAUGAUGGACCUUUCUUAGUUCAAGGUCAAAUCUGGGAAGAUCCGUCAUCUGAUGAACUCAACAGCUUUAUUGUCGCGCAAGGAAGAGCACAUGUUCACGAACAACAGCCUGCUUCUCCACUACUGAUAGAGGAGGGCUCUGAUGAGAACAAAGAAAACAUCCCUCCACAGCGCCAGGUUCAGUCAAGAAUUGGUGAUAACAGGCAUGGCAAUGAACCAAACACAGUGCGUGGGACUCGAGGACGGUUUGACCCCGUACAGAGUGUGCAACACCACUCGUUUGGACCAUUGAGGCCUGUUGCUCCCUGGCCUCUUGAGUAA